ACAGGUGCAUCAGCAAAUCAUACUCCUCUUGUGUGGGUGAAGAGAAGUAAAGCUGGGAUUGCAUCUUUGUUGACACCUCCGCAGAUUUCAGCGUGAAGCAGGGAGAGAGAAACACAGACGUGCAGACAGAAUGAACUGAAAUAGGAGGAAAGAGGGAGAGAGAGAGAGAGAGAGAGGGAGAGAGACAGUGAGGGAGAAGAGUGAAAGAGAGACAGAAGAUAUAUUUGACUAUGUGGGUGUGUGAAGUAUCAAGGCAUGCAGCAUAAUUGUGGAUUCUUCUCCAGCCGGACGUAUCACUGCAGCAGCAGGACAUUAUAUUGGUCUCACAAACUGUGUUGUUGUGUACUUUAAAACAGCGGGAGCUGUGAGCGCAGAGAGAUCGUCACAAGAGACAUUUUCAGAGACAAAAUGGAAACUGUUUUCUUCCUGCUGCUUCAAGGUUUUCAUUAAGUGGGAUUAUUAAGAAGAAUACUUGAACUAGUUGAAGGGAUGCAGGCUGGGAAAUGAUGACGCCUCUUCACUGUCAGUAAUCAAGAUCUCAAGUCAAGAAUUUAUCUGAGAUGGCCGUCAGCCCUAUCAUCAUCUGCCUCCUGUCACUGAUUGGCUAUGGCUCAUCCCACCCGUCUCCUCCUCCUCGGGGAUGCAGUGUGGAUGUGGACCCACCCUACAGAGUGCUAUGUGACCUGGAGUCAGUUUGGGGUGUGGUUCUGGAGGCCGUGGCCUGCUGCGGUGGCCUCAGCUCUCUAGUCCUCGCUGUGCUCCUGCUAGUCAAGCUGCGCUCCAUUUCUGACCCUGCCAGGCGUUCCGGCAUGGGGCCUCUUCUCCUGCUCCUGGGCACGCUCCUUGGCCUUUUCUCCAUCUCAUUGGCUUUCCUGGUGGGGAAGAAUCAAGCGCUCUGUGUGGUCCGCAGGGCCUUCUGGGGUCCCCUUUUUGCCCUCUGCUUUUCCAGCUUGCUAGUGCAGGGUGUGAGGCUCAGGAGGCUGGUGGCUGGCAGUACGAGCCCAUCGGGCAGCACCCUGGCAGCACUCGGUCUGGCCCUGGCCCUGGUUCAGGGGAUCAUUUCUGCUGAAUGGGUCUUGCUAACUGUAGUUAGGGAGGGUCACCCGGCCUGCGAAUAUCCACCUUUAGACUUUGCUCUGACAUGCAGCUACACCCUGGGGCUGCUCCUCAUAGCCAUGGGCCUUUCUCUGGGGGUGGUGCUGUGUGGAGGAGAGUUCGGGACAGAGGGAGCAGGUGGCAAUGAGGAAGAUAGAGAAGGAGAGAGUGAAAAACGGAGAUGGAAGUGUAACGCUGUGUGGCUCUUCCUGUCCAGUCUGGCGUCAGCAUUGCUAUGGGUGGCCUGGCUGGGCUUUUAUCUCUAUGGCAGCCAGGCUCUGAGGGGAAAGGGGAAAGGAGAAAGAUUAGGAGCAGGAAAGAAGGAUGUAAAGGUGUUGGAUGAGCCUGCACUGGCCGUGGCCCUGGUCAUUCAGGGCUGGAUCCUGCUGCUGUUCCAUGCUAUUCCAGAGGCGCACCUGUGUCUCCGGAAACCUCCACAAUCCAACACACAAGACUUCUUCGACACCACUCACACGUCCCCUCCUCCACAUUUUGGCGAUGAGCUGCCUGCACACACUCACCGACCCUUCCCAGAAAACCAGGCCUUUUCUGUGGAGGAACACGGCGCAACUCUCCGAACUGGAACAUACCACAGCAGCCAUGGGACUGCCCGUCCCGGCAUUGCCUUCAGAGGACAUGUCUACCAACCCACUGAAAUGGCUCUGGUCAUGAAUGGUGGAACAAUGCCCACAGCCCCCAUUAACUACACUGGGCGACGGUUAUGGUGAUAUGGGACAAGACUCGAAGAGGAUAUACUGGUGUGGGAUAGUAGAAUUUUUCUGUUGCGUAUGAAAAAGACAUCACAUGUCACACAGUAUGGAUUUAAAGGGAGAUAAAUAUGUUAAAUGUAUUUGUGUUUCUGCACACCAUAAUAGUAUUUUUGCUGAAGUUCGACAGACUGGACAUGAAAUCACAAGAAAGUAAAAGUGACAGCUUCCACAGUUUACGAUAUUUUGCUGAGGACAUUUUCAAGUGCAUUAUUUGAGAGCACAUAUAGUCUUCAGUGUAAUAUGUAAAUACACUGAUGAGGGGUGUAUAAGGGAGGUUAAAGUUAUUAUAUAGAGUAUAAGGUGAAUAUCAAAAACUUGAGUUCAACGUGGUAUUGAAUGGGAGUUACUGAAAGAGCGGCUGUUCGGUCAUGAGAAAGAAAAGAUGAGGACGAUCUGAAUGUAGUGAAGUAAACAUUUUGCCUGAGCAGCUGUAAACAAAUGCUGUUACUUACUUACUGAUGCCAUCAGUGAUUUUUGCUUCAUAAAAACAACACUUUCAUUUUGGCGUCAAACUACAACUCAGAAACAAAAAACAAAAAAAACAACCUUUAGGAUGUUUAUGUAAAUUACUUGCAUACACCCACAUAGCUUGCUUGGCCUCUGUGUUACCAUGCUGGAAAAACCCAAAGGACUCAUUGUGUUUUUCUCUCCACAUCUUCACACACAGACAGUUUGGCACAUUUUACCAUGUGUAUUGAAAAAUGUCAUGCAUUCCUUGGAGCUUGUGCAGAGUUCUGGAGGAUCAUAUGGUGAUUUAAAAGGAUAAAGAUAAGUCUACCGCUCUUGGAUGAAUACUUUUAAUAAGCAUAUCAUAAAAAGCCAUUUAAUAUACUGCAAUACAGUAUACAAAAUAUUGUAAUACAAUAUAGUAUAUAGGGUUUACUGUUGGAGGUUGUAAUUUUGCACUUUAUCAGCGCUGAUCAUGUCUGGGCAUUGUGAUAUUUGAGAUAUUUGAGAUGCAUGUGAAAGCACAGUUUAAAGGUAAUGUAUUUUGUCAAGAUGAAUGUAUUUUAAAUGUUUUCUAGACUUUUGAUAUAUGUAUUGAAGAGAAAUACCAGUUUUAGUGUUGAAUUUUAAAGCAAAUCCUUGACAGUGGAAACAGAAAUCGACAAAUCAAUCUCAAGUGCACAGAAACUGGGUUGUCAACCAGUUUUGGUGUGUUUUCACUCAUGUUUUCCCAAGUCUACUUUGGAUUCAAUAAGGAUAUUGAUCAUUAUAUACAUUUUGCUUGAGAUUUAUGGCAACAUCUAAUUAUUUUCUGGUAUUCAAAUCCCACUGAAUAUUGAGAGUAUUGAGUCAUCCAUCACUGUGACUAUAACUGGAACAGAUUCAAAUGCAUAUAUAUUAUUUAUAUUAGUGGCUGAGUGCAGACAGAUUUCUAGUUGAUUCACAUGCACUGGCAAUUGAACUCUGAGGCAAACCGACAAAAUCUGACUUGAGUGUUACAGUUUCCAUCUUCUCAGCUAGGACAGUUUAUCCUGUUUAAACACAACUCAAAGAACAGUCUCCAUGUUCAUGUUUGACCAUUUCCUCUUCCUAUAAAACUAAACUAAGUUACAACAACUUUGCUUUUGUGUACAGGUGUGUGCUCUGAUAUUGUACAAUGAAAAUAUUCUAACAUGAUUUUUAUGUAUUAUCCCUAUAUAAUGGAGUUUUAACCAUGUAAAUAAUCCAAAUGUGAAAAACUAAUGGUAUUUUCCUUUUUAAAUGCUCUUAUGAUGAUAGCACUGUCACUGUUUUAUGGCAGCGUAACAUGAAUGUCUGUAACGUGAUUUGCACAAAGUGGCUAAUACAUCAGUGCACAUUUUCUGUUAA